GUCGCUCAGCAGGUCUCGUCGUCCGCGGAGACAAGAACAGCGGAGCUGGCAUUCUCUCAUCGUCCUCUUGGCCUGUCAAACCAAUUCAAGUGACAGCAUGCAUCGCGAACGUCAAGGAGUGUUUCCACGUGGAGUGCGAUAAAUUAGGCUAAAGAGCGGCUUUUCUGCCCCUCCACUCCAGCCCCCACCAAAGCUCACCCCGCCUAAUAGCUGUCAAAACUGUGUGGUGACAUCGAGGCAAGAAACCUGUUUACCCGUAAUCACAAGAUAUUGUUCAUACGUGUCGCCUCGACUCUUUCUCACUUCUUAUUCGAACCUCCAACUAUCUAACAACAUAAACAUCACAACUUCAUUAUGUCGGCCGAAGACGCAUUCACAUUUUUGCCGCAGGGCGCCAUCAUCCAGGAGUUGCGCAUUGCGGGGCACAACAUCGUUCAAGGUUUCCCUACUUCGGAGCCUUACAAAACAAAGAAUUCAGCCUACUUUGGUGAGACAAUCGGACGUGUCGCAAACCGUAUCAAGAAUGCCGAAAUCAAGAACCUGAACGGACAAUCAUACAAACUCGCCGCAAACAACGGACCUAAUGCUUUGCAUGGAGGCCCUGCUGGAUGGGGAAAGAGAACUUUCGAAGGACCUGAGCCAGUGAGCAGAAACGGAACCGAGGCUGUUCAGUUCAAGUACCUGAGCAAGGAUGGAGAAGAGGGCUAUCCUGGAACUGUCGAGCUCCGCGUUUGGUACAUCGCAAGCAAGAAGAACGACGACGGUGUGGAGAAGACACAACUCGAGAUCGAGUACGAGGUCGAGCUUGUCGGAGAUGAGGUUGAGGAGACAGUAGUCUCGGUCACCAACCACAGUUAUUUCAACAUCUCUGGUGGUGAGACCAUCGAAGGCACAGAAGCAACUUUGAUGACCGACCAAUACAUGGUGGUGGACGACACGGACAUCCCGACCGGAGAAAUCAAGGCAUUCCCUGGCGUUGAAGCCAACAAGAACUUCACUCUGGGAGCAGUCGACCCUGAUAUCGAUCACUGCUUCGUGAUCAACACCGAUCCCUCAAGCGUGCUUUUGGACACCAGACAAGUCCCUGCUCGCAAGCUGUGCUCUUUCUUCCAUCCCAACACCAAGCUCCACUUCGAGGUGCUCAGCACAGAGCCUGCCUUCCAGUUCUACACUGGCAAGUACAUUGACAUUCCGGCCGUAGAUGGUGCACCUGCACGUGGUGCUCGUGCUGGCUUCUGUGUCGAACCCAGUCGUUACAUUGAUGCCGCAAACAAUGACGACUGGAAGAAGAUGGUGCUUCUGAAGAAGGGUCAGACCUAUGGCAGCAAGAUCAUCUACCGUGGAUGGAAAGAGUGAUUGCCGUCUGCAAUCUCACAUUCGCGAUUUCAUACCAUGCUGAUUGCAGCAACCAUAUUCGGACAGGAUCGCGAACAUGUACAUCAUAGCUCUAUAUCAUGACUUUAUUCCAAAAAUCGUUCAGCAUCAUAAUGCGAAGUCCUCGGUCCGCGUAAGAUCAAGUGGAUACAUGAACUCAGGAUGUAAAAGGGUCUCUUCAGCUGCCAGCAGCAGCUGCUUUGUCAUCUUAGCAAGGAACUUCCGCUUUGGUAGUUUCCAUUAGAAUAAGGUACAACACUUUUCCGAAGCCUCUUUCUACCAGAAGAGCAGCUUG